AUGAGCUCAGGCUCGGGCCAGCUGGAGACCAACCCAACGUCUGGUAUGCAGUGCACAGUCUACAUCGACGAAGAGACCAAGCCUGGCACCUGUGUCUGUGGCCACACAUUUAAUUACCACACUGUGGCUGCUCGGUCCGAUCCCUUCGCCAUGCUUCCUGCCAAUCGUGCUCCUCGCACCGCCAGCUCGACCAGUACAGCCCUUGAUGACACUCUGGGAGGGCACGAGGAUGAAGAAGAGGACCGUCUUGCUGAAGUUCGGCGCCGCUUCGAGAAAGCUCGUUCGCAAGGAACAGCUGAUGCAGCAGGUCGGUCGAGUCUGGCCUACCACGCACCUGCUGCUGGGUCAGCUCGGUCUCAAGUCUCCCAUGCCGAUGCAUUGGCAGAGGCACGUCAGGGACUUAGUGGAGGUGAUAGAGGGAAGGGGAAGGGUAAAGGAAAGGGUUCUUCGGGCAGUGGGAAGUCGAAGGAGAAGAAGGAGAAGCCUGGGAAGACGAAAGGGAAGGCUGAUGGCGGCAAGAGCAAGUCACAGGGCUCAUCGGGUCUGAAACCCCUCCGUGUUUGUGAGGUUUACUUUGUGCCUGUCGGUUUGAAGCAGUAUUCAUGUGUGCCUCUUGCUUCUGGUGGGGUGACCUACAACGCAGAAAUCGGCACCACCCUCCAUGAGUGGGAAGACCUCAUUGGCAUUCGGCUUCCCGAGUCUGUCCUCAACGGCCGAAAUGUUAUUGAUGGAGUCGUUCUUUGUCUUCGUCAGGAGGGUCUGGCUGCAGUUGCAAAGGAUGACCCGGAGUUCCGCUCUGACGGCUACUUCACCUUUGGCCAGACCAGCCAGGCAGAGAUUGACAUGUUUGUGUGCUCGCUACUUCCAAAAGGGUUUUCCCUUCUUGACAGCGACCUUGCCAACAACCCGCCUGCUGGAUACAAAAAGCGGGCGAAGCCUGAGGGCCCGCUUGACUGGGUUGUUCUCAAGGUAGCCUAUAACAAGAUACAUGUUGUCGACCACCACUCCGUCAUUGAUGUUGAGUUUCUUCGGCGCUUUGCGACAUCUCCAUCUCAUGCAUAUUCACGUGUGCCUCUUGCUUCUGGUGGGGUGACCUACGACGCGGAAAUCGGCACCAACCUCCAUGAGUGGGAAGACCUCAUUGGCAUUCGGCUUCCCGAGUCUGUCCUCGACGGCCGAGAUGUUAUUGAUGGAGUCGUUCUUCGUCUUCGUCAGGAGGGUCUGGCUGCAGUUGCAAAGGAUGACCCGGAGUUCCGCUCUGACGGCUACUUCACCUUCGGCCAGACCAGCCAGGCAGAGAUUGACAUGUUCGUGCGCUCGCUACUUCCGAAAGGGUUUUCCCUUCUCGACAGCGACCUUGCCAACAACCCGCCUGCUGGAUACGAAAAGCGGGCAAAGCCUGAGGGCUCGCUUGACUGGGUUGUUCUCAAGGUAGCCUAUAACAAGAUACAUGUUGUCGACCACCACUCCGUCAUUGAUGUUGAGUUUCUUCGGCGCUUUGCGACAUCUCCAUCUCAUGCAGUAAGAGAGCGCUUGUUCAUUGCUCCGAGGCGCCGUGUUGUUCUCGAUCCAGGCUUACGCUUGGCAGGCUCGCCACUGUCCGAUAAUGACAGUGACAACGAGCAUGGCUCAUUGGGGUCACACAGUGACACAAGUGACCGCUCUCGCCAUUCCGACGAUGAAGCUCCCUCUGUCAAGGGUAAAGGUAAAGCGGUUGCUACGAGCUCUCGUACCUUGCGAAGCCAACAUCGCAAGAGCAGCGAGGUUGUGAUCGACUUUGACGAUUACACAUUGUCUGACGACGCGAACGAUGAUGCCUCUUAUAACUACUUCGAUGAUGGCUUGCGAGGUGACGGAGGCUACUCAUCAGGCUCUGAUGGUCUCCUGUUGUCAGCUGAGCAGGAUGCAACGGUCUCCCGGGGCAUCAGUCCUUCUGGGAGUACCAAGCGCCCGCGCUCUAUCUCCCCAACAAGCACCAUCGAGGAUGUUCCUGAGUCGUCGACAGCUGCUCGUAAACGCCGUCGUGAAGGUACUAUCACCAAUCGUACACUUGAGGAAAGUUCUCGCACUCUCUCACAGCUGACGGUCGAAGAUGACGAGGAGGUUGCACCGCUGCAGCCUCCUAGCAGCAAUCGUCUAGCUCGGGCUGAGUCCGAGAAUAAGCGCAUCGAUAGAAUUCAGGAUGUCUGGGCCAACCUUCGUGGCAAGUAG